GGCAGCCUCCCUGAAUCCCUCCACUGCGCAUGGCACGUUGCGUACCUCCCUCCCAGCAACCGGCCUGGCGGCAGCGCGGCCACAAAACUGAGGAGGCGGAGCCGAGACGGAGUCGGUGCUGCGCUCUGACUCCCCGACCAGGUUUAAGUUUUUGAAAUUGAAGUAGGUUCACACAGUAGGAACCCAUGUCUUUUCUUGUAAGUAAACCAGAGCGGAUCAGGCGGUGGGUCUCGGAAAAGUUCAUUGUUGAGGGCUUAAGAGAUUUGGAACUGUUUGGAGAGCAGCCUCCGGGUGACACUCGGAGAAAAGCCAAUGAGGCGAGCUCAGAGUCCAUAGUGUCUUUCUCUAAACCAGAGGUCAUGAGCAGCUUUCUGCCAGAAAGCGGGUGUUACGAGCUGCUCACCACCAUAGGCAAAGGGUUUGAGGACUUGAUGACAGUGAAUUUAGCCAGGUACAAACCAACGGGAGAGUAUGUGACAGUGCGAAGGAUCAACCUAGAAGCUUGUUCCAAUGAGAUGGUGACCUUCUUGCAGGGGGAGCUUCAUGUCUCUAAACUCUUCAGCCACCCCAAUAUAGUGCCAUACCGAGCCACCUUCAUCUCGGACAAUGAGCUCUGGGUCGUCACAUCAUUCAUGGCAUACGGCUCUGCAAAGGAUCUCAUUAGCACACACUUCAUGGAUGGCAUGAAUGAACUGGCGAUUGCGUACAUCCUGCAGGGGGUGCUAAAGGCCUUGGACUACAUCCACCACAUGGGCUAUGUGCACAGGAGUGUCAAGGCCAGCCACAUUCUGAUCUCCACAGAUGGGAAGGUCUACCUGUCCGGUUUACGCAGCAACCUUAGCAUGAUCAGCCAUGGGCAGCGGCAGCGUGCAGUCCACGAUUUCCCCAAGUACAGUAUCAAGGUCCUGCCUUGGCUCAGCCCAGAGGUCCUCCAGCAGAAUCUGCAGGGCUAUGACGCCAAAUCUGAUAUCUACAGUGUGGGAAUCACAGCGUGUGAACUAGCCAAUGGCCAUGUCCCCUUCAAGGAUAUGCCUGCCACUCAGAUGCUGCUAGAGAAACUGAAUGGCACAGUGCCCUGCCUGCUGGACACCAGCACCAUCCCUGCCGAGGAGCUGACCAUGAGCCCCUCCCGUCCCAUUGCCAACCCUUGCCUGAAUGACAGCCUGGUCACUGGUAGCCUCCGGCCUUCCAAUGGCGACUCGCCUUGCCACCCCUACCACCGCACCUUCUCACCCCACUUCCAUCAGUUUGUGGAACAGUGCCUUCAGCGCAACCCUGAUGCAAGGCCAAACGCGAGCACCCUUCUGAACCAUUCCUUCUUCAAGCAGAUCAAGCGGCGUGCCUCGGAGGCUUUGCCGGAACUGCUUCACCCUGUCACUCCCAUCACCAACUUUGAGGGUAGCCCGUCCCAGGACCGCAGUGGACUCUUCGGCCUGGUGACCAACCUGGAGGACCUGGCGGUGGAUGACUGGGAGUUCUGAGUCUGUGCAGCCUGCACCCUCCAGCCAGGGUGGGUGUGAGCCCCAAGGCCCUUCCCGAGGGCCAGCCCCUGCCUCUGGGUGCAGCCUGGGCAGAAAGGACACUCUGCUGGCAGAGCUGGCUGCCGACUGCCUGAAAGGACAUUCUGGAAGAGACUACACUGUUUUUUGUGGCUUUUGUAGACACAGGGAGUCCCAGUCACCAGGGACUUGGAAGGGCCGGAAAGCUGACAUCCUGUUCUGUGAGCUCAGGGGACCUCCUUAGAAGGAAGAGCCGCAGCUUUGGCCCGAGGCUGAAGUCCUAGCCCAGAGUUUAACCCAGGGAACCUUCACAUCCUCUUCCCACUAUUUACUCUCUGCCAGCCUGUUCCUCAUUUCUCUGUUCCCAGACCCUGUAUUCAGGGCAGAAAGGGGAUAAGUCCUAAGCAGCCUGCCCCUGCCCUGCGCCAUCUCCCCAGUCAAUUGCUUUCCUGAGAAGGGAAGACAAGUAGUCUUUUUAAGCACUAGGACAGUUAAGGCUGGGCCUGGCCAUCCUCAUCCCCGCCUCUCUCUUGGGCCCUGCCACCUGUAACCAUCUCUUAGCUCAUCUGUUUAUUACACUCCCUCCCAGGAAUCCAUCUUCAUGCUCCCUGCCAGCUGCUGCCUUGGUGCCUCCGAGGGCUUAAAUAAGAGUCCUUAUGUUGUGUUAGUUUCCUUGUCGGAACAAAUUAAAACUUUCAGAGUA